CAGUGCUUCAUGAAGUGUUGCGCCGUACCCGUGCACGGAGCCCUGACCGAGCAUGACCCUGACGGAGUUGGAACCUUCGGAUCUCUAAAGUGAUAACUGAAAAGUCCCGAAAAGGACCACGCGAACUGUUUCCAGCGAUCUCCUCCUCCGUGAUAUGGAUACGAUAGAGGUGAUAACAGUGUCCCCCCAAAGCGUGAUAAAGAAGAAGAAAAAGUUGCUAUCUAAAUGUUUCUAUCUUGGUUGCUGCAUGACUGAAUAAAACAGCGUUGAGAUUGUGACGAUCGAUUGUCGUCGGUGAUCUCGUGAAUCGCAAUUGACUAUGUUAAUCAAGUGUCAAACGUAUGCGGAUGCAUUAAAUGACCUUAUAGUAAAUGACAUCUACAGUACAUUCUUAUGUUAAUUGUAUAUGUUCUUAUGCAAUAAAGCAACACAUGAAGCUAUUCUGAUGGAAUUUAAUGCAAUCGGGUUGUUUUAUCCUGAUUAAUGAAUAAGGCUAGACAAUCGUCGCAAAGAAAUAUUUGUAUACAUGUAUGGGAACGCAUUGGAGAAUAUUAAAGUCCUGAAUAAGUACGAAGAUGCGUGAAGUAAUUACAUAUAAAACUCAGACGAGCUGUGCAAAGAAGAUAUUAUGGGUAAUGUGCAAUUCAGGAGAAGAAGAAGAAAAGGAACAAAUGGGAAUUGGCAAUCUCUCACGAAAGAUACGUCAUUUGUUCGAUAGUGUCAAAAUGACGUGAUUCUCGCAGUUCAUUAUAAAUAUCAUCUCUCUCGAGGAUCAUCCUAAGCGAAUUGUAGGACGAACAGAAAUUAAAUAAUGAAAGGCUGUAUUAAUGGUGAAACGCUGAAGGUAUCCUUAGAAUUCAACUGAGCCUUUUUACAGAGAAAGUCAUCAUGGCAAUCGAUAAUCCAUCGUACUUCACGCUGUCCGGCGGGGCAUCGUCGUCGAAAGCGACAACGCCGACGACGACGACGACGACGACAACGACGACAACGUCGGCGUCCCCGACGUCGUCCAGGAGCUUCUCCGCCCUAUUUCGUCGGAGGGCCUACAAGAUGGGCGCAGCGGCUUCGUCCCAGGGUGACGGAGUCCUGAUCUCGGAGUUCACGUCCGGCGCGCAGCACGAGGGUCGCGGCAACGCGUCGGGCACGCCGUCGACGCUGGCGGAGGAGCGCGUUUCGAUGCUGUCGCGGAACGGCGCGGUCUAUCCCGGAUGCGGCAAAAGGAGGAGCUUCCGCAGUCUCUUCCGGUCCGUGAGCGCGAACGCGGAACGUGAACGCACUCAAAAGUUCCUCAAAGGCGACCCGAGGCCGUCCGACGUUGCGCCGCCGUCACCGUAUUUACCUCACAGGUCGCAUUCGCACUCCGAGAAGGAUCGGCGUCAUCCUAGCGGGACCAGAAGAGUCCUCAAGUCUACCAGCGAACUUCUGUCCAAUGAUAUGGUUCAUUGCAAUGUAUCGAGUAAUUUCAAAGAUCAACAUAAUGACAACAAUGAUAACAGCAACGACGAUACCGCAGAAGUGUUCUUCGGUGUGAACGAUGCCAGAUAUUACAACGUUUCCUCCACUCUUCCCACAAUGGCGAACCGAAGAAGGCACUCGAUAGGCACCUUUUUCGGGAAAGAAACAGGCGCGUCCGGUAAUAUUGCGACGCCUGGACGACAAACGGAAGGAUCCAGGAAUCUGUUGGAAGCAGAUACAGUGGCAGCUCCAGUACAGCACGACGAUAUCGAUGGCGUGCAUUGUAACAAGAGCAAACAACUGUCUUGCAACAGGACUAGGCGAAGAAGACACAAGAGCGCGUCCAAUAAGGGGUCGCAUUCAGCUACAGUCUUAUCAAGAGACGGACACGUAGAGAACGAUGUCGUCUUCGUGUUUAGCAAGGAAAGCGAGGCUUCUAAUCUGUGGGUUAACUACCUCACCGCAUGUUUCGAGCAAAUCAGCCGUCAGCAAGGACGACCGCCGUUCCAAGUACGUCACAUGGCGAUCGAGGAGCCGAUAGCGCCGAAAACAGAAGAGAAGAUCCGAUCUUCUCGCCUCCAGAUCGUCGUCGUGUGCCCGAUAUUGCUGGAACGCGUGCGGACCAACCCGGAGCACAUCGUCCAACUGACCAACCAUCUAGUCACCGAGAAAGUGCUGGCGAUGAUGCUGGGCGUUCAAGACAGUCACAUCAAUGACACUCAUAGAUCUAGCCUAGUUUCCUACGAUCAGUGGAGAAAGUUCUUUGUGAAGGACCAGGACGAGACGUUCGUCGGUGAAUUGCUGGGUGCGGCGGUCGCCAUUCUAGGCCCUACGCCGCCGUUAGCCCUCAAAAGCGACAAAACUGCAUUCUCGGUGCAUCCGAAGAAGGUCAAAUUGGGACAAAAUAGGAUAAUCGUUUUGCUAAACGAUCCGUUGAGUCCCAAGGAUAAUGUCUCUGUGAUUGUCGAUCGUUGCGGGGAUGCGAUCGACAUAAGCAACGUGAAAAGGAGAAAUCCUUACGCGCUGCAAUUUUCAAUACCAGAGAGAUGUCUCGAAGUUUCCAUGUUGGUUGGCGUGAGAAUAAUCAAGAAUGGAUGCUCGCUCGGCGUUAGGCAAGUCAAAUGCGAAAGCAGACUCCGGGAAUUGGAUCAGAUUCUCAGGGCGCACGAUAAUCCCCUCGAAUUUAUGUGCCAGACUUUCGGCUUCAGUUCUACUGAUCGAGAACAAUUUGACAACUGGAUGGUCCAUGCAUUUCAGAAAAAUGUCCCUCCUUAUUUUAAUCUUUUAUCAACUCCGAGAGGUAUGAUGCCCACACAUAAAAAUUGUACGAGUUCAGAAGAGAAUCCGACGCUACUACAUUUCGCCGCGCGGUUUGGCCUAGAGAAACUAGCGUGGCAAUUAUUGGAAUGUCCUGGUGGUGAUCUGGCGUGUAACUUGAAGAAUAUUUCCGAGUUGACACCAGCCGAUCUUGCUGAGCAAGCCGGACACGCGAGACUGGCCCAUCAACUGCAGGGCUACAUGCAAAUGAACCAGUUAAGCAACAUGUAUAGCUACUUCAAAGUCAUGAGCCAGACAAAUCAAUCAACAGAAUCGAAUUCAACCACGGACGUCUCAUCGACGGUCGCGAACGAAACCAGCAACGAAAAGGAAGAUUAUUGUCGGCCAAGGCCCUUGAGCGAGGCUUAUUCGGUGCCACCGAACGUAAGGCCGGUAACAAUUCUGAACCCGAGUCUGCAAACAGCGAGCACCUCUAGUACGACCGCAAACCCCUUAGCCGCAAAUUAUUCGAUCGUGCCGACGCCUACGCCAGUAAUUAAUAACCAGCUGCCGUCCACACCCACGACCCCGGUCACGUCACACGGAUUGAAUACGUCUUUCCAGGAGUACAUGAAAAUGCAUGCCGUCGAUCACUCUUCUCCCACGAAUUCUCUCCACCAUAACGUAAUUGGUACAAAACUAGCAACUACGAAUCUACCGUCCCGAACAAACACGCCCACUCGCCAAGAAUGUUAUCAAAGUUGCUCGGCAGCACGAGAGGACAUUUACGGUCAGAAAAUGUGUCAGAAUCUUCCCUACGGUAGAACAUCGUCCAACAGUAGUACCAAGUCCAGAGAGCCGUCAGGUCCCCAAGACGAGCUCUUGGAAAUCAUAAACGAUUUCAAAAACAACGUCUUCACGAUAUCCGAAGUGGAGAGACUCGUCGAAAAUUGGCGUAAGCGAAACGACGUUCAGCAAAGUUUCAAGGACAAGCAGCGACAGCUCAUGGCGAUGCGGGAGGAAUACGACAAAAUACAAAAGAAAAUGAAAGAAGAAAUGAGAACCCCGACGCCCUUCGACAAGAUACGAAAAUUCUUCUCCAAGGGAAAGAAAGAUACAAAGGAGUCUGCUGGAGUUGCCACCGAUUCCUCUACGAGCAAAUCCGAAAGUAUUAACGGCGGAUUAGCUGAUCGCCGGCCUGUCAGCAGUUUAAGUCUUCGUAGCGUCUCUAGUUCAUCGUCAUCUGGCAGAAUGAGCACUGUCAGCGGUUGCAGCGGUGCAAGCUUGGGCGACAGUGGAACCCAUUCCGAUUCCGAAGACAGAAGGCUCCAGAAUGUCAGGGAUGAGAAAACUGGCAUGACGUCCUACGAAAUACCACCUGCGCCUAAACCGUACACAGGCAGAUAUUCACCGGCAUCCGGGUAUUCCCCAUCGCCGAGUCUUUCUCUCGCGCGUGAUCUUGAUCUCCGACGAACACAGUCACCGUCCAGGGCCAACGACAACGAGUAUUACAUUGCGUUCCCACCGUCGGGAUUACCUGUUCAUGCGUUUAAAACGGAUGGUUCUUCGAGGGAACCGGAGACGCCGACCUCGCCACGCGAGCAUCCGAUGGAUAUCAAUAAUCUGGACUUUGUCCAGAACGUCGUCGCCUCGCCAGCGGACAAACGCCAGGAAGAAACCGAGGCGACGAAACGCGCUAGCAGUAAUAGCUACACGAACAUCGAACCGACGGCGUCGAAUGUCACUCCAAUCCUGGCGCCGCCGCCAGGAAUGUGCAUUCCAGACUGCACGGGCAACGAAUCGACGUCCAUCGAUUCCGUUCACGUGGAUCGGAAAGCCGCGGACGAACAUCUCGACAAUACCGCCGAGGCGUGUCCCGACGCCGCGAAGGUGAUGCCGCCGCUCGCUCAACCUGCCGUUGACGAGGUCGACUCCGCGCUCGCUGUUCAAGGUCGAAAGACCGCCGAGACAAUGCGCGAUGAGGAGCACGUGCCGGUGGAUUCGGCGAAUAUUUCGAAAAACACGAAUGAGGCCACCGAGACUAGAAUGCCGGACUACAUGAACCUUGCUGUUAAUAUGGGUCACGAUGCUCCCAGGGUUCUCGGCGCCAUACCAAAGAAGUUGCCUGCACCACCCGUGCCACCGCGAGGUACAAUCUUUCACACUGUUUAAUUCCGCGCGACUUUUGUAAUGCAAAGGUAAAGCUAAUCGUUCAACGAUCAAGUCAAUAAAAAUAUAUCUAAAAAUAAUAAGUAUCUAGAGACCGUGGAAUGUUAACUAACAAUUGAUAUCUAAAAAUAUUAAUGUAAGAUCUAUACAGCAACAUUGUCCUGUUUUCAUUUUUCUCUCGAAUUUCUCUUGUUUCAUUCUUGAAAUGAAAAAAAUCGCAAACUUUAUUGUUAAAUAAAAUUCGCAAUAAAAUUUAAUAAAUAAUCGCGUAUUUAAGACUUAUUAUGAAUAAUUGAAACUACUUAAUGUUUUUUUUUUUCUAAACGUAUUUGUAUUCAAUUUAAGAUUCACCUAUUUAGAUAAGCAUUAAAUCUCGUAAAUGUGCAAAAUAAAUCAGUGAUCUAUUGUAACAAA